AUGUGUGAUACUGUGUUGACUUUUCCGGGGGCGAGGUUUCCAUGGGAGAAGCGUGUGGAAGUUUGUACGGAAUUACGGGUGUUGAGUUUGGUAGAUGGGGCACACGGGAUUGGACUAAUAGACCUCACACAUCUUGGCAAAGUCAGCCCAGACUUCUUCGUCAGCAAUUGUCACAAAUGGCUCUACACUCCCCGCUCUUGCGCCGUCCUCCACGUUCCAACCCGGAACCAGCACCUCAUCCGGACAUCCAUCCCUACCUCCCAUGGUUACCAAUAUCUCAUCACCCCCGAAGACCCAAGUGGUCUCUCCUCAUUCACCCACCUUUUCGAAUUCGUGGCCACAAUGGACUACACUCCCUAUCUUUGCAUCCCAGCCGCUCUUGAAUUCCGCAACACGGUAUGCGGUGGUGAAGAAGCGAUCCGGAAAUACUGCUUUGAGAUUGCCCGGAAGGGAGGGGAUUGUGUGGCGAGGGCUUUAGGGACAAGUGUUAUGACUACUGAGGGGGGAGAGAUGAGGGCAUGCGCGUUCGCUAAUGUGGAAUUGCCUUUUGACUUCUGCGAUGUUACUGACGCCCGUUCGAAGGAAAAUGAUGAAGACAUCGAAGGUAGAGAGAAGACCUUGAAACUUAGCGAAGCGGAGAAGAUAGGGGCUUGGAUCAAAGUCACUGCCGCGAAGGAGUUUGAUACUUAUUUGCAGACUGCGGUACAUGGUGGGAAGCUGUGGAUUCGUUUUAGUGGGCAGAUUUACCUCGAGCUCGCGGAUUUCGAGUGGGUGGCUCCAAGAUUGAAGGAGCUUUGUGCGAGGGUGAAGAGUAGGGAAAUAAGUGAACGCGACAAAGCGAGAGCUGUAAAGGUGGAUGAUGUUGUUCUUGAAGGGUGA